AAGCCCACAAUAAUUGAUGCAAACUGUUAAAAUCAAUCAUGAAAUGUAAUUUGUACUCAUAUUUUUUGAUUAUUAAUUAAUAAUUACAGUCGUUGCUGCGUAGUUCUGUCUCGCUCACUCAUUCGUAGUUUUGCUUGGAGCUGUCAUCAGGUGGCGUGCGCUGUCACUUUACCUACCAAGAAGGGGAGAAGAAAGUCGUUGCGCGAAUGUGUCAACAAGGCGCAUAUGAAAUUUAUUCAAUCCAGGUAGACUCGUACGCAUUGAAUUUAGUGCCGCCACGCCAAGUUGCUGUGUAGAUCAAAUCUAGUGAGAACAUUGUAGCUGAAAGUAGGAAUAUACUACAGUUUACUGCAAUUUACUUAUCGGUUUGGAGAAGCCCCGUUCCCGAGUGUGUGUUGAGAUUCGAUCGGAAUUUUGUUGCGUGCCAGAAGCUUGGGUCCAAAAGCGUAACGAUUGCACAAAAACGCUUCCCAACAUACCUGGCUGGCUGGUGCUGAUUCUGGGUUUUGAUUGCGCGUGUAGAUCUUGCGUAUAUUCCGUGCCCGGACCGAUGCGCGAGUUGUUUAUAUGCGCCCGAUUCGCAACAAUUAGCAACAGGCAGCAUUAAGCAGGUUGGCAGUAUUAACCGGCGUGUUUCACAAUUGCACUUGAAGCAUGGAUCCAAACGAACAUAGUUUGUCUAAGGCUGUGAUGGAAGAAACAGUGAAGGAACUGCUUUCACCCGUUCCGGAGGCGAGAAAGAACGAAUCGGAUAGAAGCAUGAUCGGUUUUGGUCGUAUGGAAACGUUGCAUCUGAUAAAAUGUGUCCAAAAGAAGCCUAAACUGUGGCAGCGAGAGUUUAUACGUAGGCGACAAUCUUCCUGCGUAUCUGAUUGGGAAGACAUCCAGCGGAAUGAAUUUCCCCAUUACACUGUGGAUCAGUUAAAAGCACGCUGGAAAACGAUGCGAGAUUCCUUUCGUCGUGAAAGGAAACGCAUCGAAUGUGGCUCCUGUGCCGGAAGCCAUUGGCCAAUGUAUGAAGAUAUGCUGUUCCUUGAUGGACAUUUCCGGCUGAGGAAAAGAUUGCAGAAUAAGGCACCGGGUUCAAUCGCUAAAUCAAGAUCGAAAGAAUGGAAAAAAUCGAAUGAAACAAUUCAACCGAAGACGGCAGUAGUAAACGAUCUUCCGAGGAACUACAUACCGGAGAAGGACACGGUACAUAAUACCGAACGUAACCAUCAGCAGCUCGUUUCAUUUUUAACCAUCCGCGACACAAAUGAUGCACCGGUUGGCGUUAGUGAGGUUACGUACAACAACAAGUUCCGCUCACGCCUUCAAUCGGAACCGGUUAUGGAAUGCGCCCAAGUAGAAUGGAAUGCUCGCGGACAACAAAUUACCAACUAUCAGUUCUUGAUGAGCUUAGUGCCAUUUUUGAACCUCUUGCCGAUGGAGAAAAAUUUAGAAACUCGCCUCAAGAUGUUGCAGCUGAUUGCGAUUGCAACACAAAACGUGAACGCGUCUGAAAAGGAAUAAUCUCAUACGAAUAUUAUUCCGGAAGUUCGGAUAGAAAUAUUUAAUAAUUUAAAAAGAAUUCCUGCAAUAUGUUCGUGCAAUGAACGUCUUGUAAUGGAUUUUAAUUUCUAUGCAAGCUUUCAUAAUUGAAAUCUAGAUUAUUUCACUCACAUUGUAUCUAGUAGAACAUGUGGAAAAUGUCUCAACACCAAAUUCUAGCAAAAUACUAAGAUUCGCGAAGCUAAAU